AAUUGGUGACUUGAAAAUUGUAAACUUAUUAAUCAAAGCAGCUCCCUCUACCUUUACCUACUUGUUUAUUACCUCAACCAAAACUCAAACCAACCAGACCGGCCAAAAGCAAAAGACCAAACACACACCUUCUUCUCGCUUUUAUUUCCCCUUCCCCUGUACUUUCACCCAAGUUCACUUCUUUCUCUAACUCUCCCCAACAAUGGAGGCCAAACUAGACCAGCAAGAUUUCAUCUCCCGGUCCACCCUCCCUGACAUUUACAUCCCAAAUCACCUCCCUUUACAUACUUACUGCUUUGAGAACAUUUCCCACUUCAAAGAUCGUCCUUGCUUGAUCAAUGGUCCUACUGGUCGGAUAUAUUCUUAUGCCGAAGUCGAGCUCACUUCUCGGAAAGUGGCAGCCGGGCUCAACAAACUCGGCAUCCAACAGGGAGAUGUUAUCAUGCUUUUGCUUCAGAACUCGCCGGAAUUCGUGUUUUCUUUCCUCGGUGCAUCGUUCAGGGGAGCAAUCAUCACUACCGCCAAUCCCUUUUACACCCCGGCGGAGAUUGCGAAGCAGGCGACGGCGUCCAAAACUAAGCUGCUUAUAACUCACGCGGCUUACGCGGAGAAAGUGAAGAGAUUCGCUAAAGAAAACGACGUCAAGAUCAUGACGAUAGAUAAUCCACCGGAGGGUUGUUUGCAUUUCUCGGAGUUGACUGAUCGGAUAGACGAGGAUGAUGAAACCCCAGCCGUCAAGAUCAAUCCCGACGAUGUCGUGGCACUUCCGUACUCGUCGGGAACAACCGGGUUACCGAAAGGGGUGAUGUUGACUCAUAAGAGUCUCGUAACGAGCGUGGCUCAACAGGUUGACGGAGAGAAUCCCAACCUUUAUUUCCAUGAGAGAGAUGUGAUUCUCUGCGUGCUGCCUUUGUUCCACAUAUAUUCACUCAAUUCCGUGUUGCUUUGCUCUCUGAGAGUAGGGGCUGCGAUUUUGAUCAUGCAAAAGUUUGAGAUCGUAACGUUAAUGGAGCUUGUGGAGAAAUACAAGGUAACCAUCGCCCCUUUCGUCCCGCCCAUCGUCUUGGCCAUUGCCAAGACUCCGGACGUCGAUAAAUACGACCUUUCAUCAAUCCGGAUGGUCAUGUCCGGCGCUGCUCCGAUGGGAAAGGAGCUAGAGGAUGCUGUUAGAGCCAGGCUUCCCAACGCUAAACUGGGACAGGGCUACGGCAUGACGGAGGCAGGGCCGGUGCUGGCCAUGAACUUGGCUUUUGCGAAAGAGCCGCGGGACACAAAAUCUGGUGCAUGUGGCACUGUGGUAAGGAAUGCUGAAAUGAAGAUUGUGGAUCCUGAAACUGGGGCAUCGCUUCCGCGUAAUCGGUCCGGCGAAAUUUGCAUUCGGGGAAGUCAGAUCAUGAAAGGUUAUCUUAAUGAUCCUGAAGCCACGGAGAAAACCAUAGAUAAAGAUGGAUGGUUGCACACGGGUGACAUUGGCUACAUUGACGACGACGAUGAAGUUUUCAUUGUCGAUCGAUUGAAGGAAUUAAUAAAGUACAAAGGCUUUCAAGUGGCACCUGCCGAGCUCGAAGCAAUGCUGAUUUCUCAUCCCGACAUCUCCGAUGCUGCUGUUGUACCUAUGAAAGAUGAAGCGGCGGGAGAGAUUCCAGUUGCAUUCGUUGUAAGAUCCAACGGUUCCAAGAUCAUUGAGGAUGAGAUUAAGCAGUUCAUCUCAAAGCAGGUUGUGUUUUACAAGAGGCUGGGCCAUGUUUUCUUCACGGAUGCGAUCCCUAAAGCUCCCUCGGGCAAGAUUUUGCGGAAAGUUCUACGAGAAAAGCUUGCUGCAGAUGCACCAAACUAGCCCCAAAUGGGACAGUUCCAUGUAGAAAAGAUGCUAUCAGGAGAUGUACCCAACUAGCCCAAGUGUGUUGUGCUGGUGAUUUUUAAUGUCAAGGAAUUGAAUUUGUCACUUUUGGAAACCCCAGAGUCGAGGAAACUGUUAUUACUCCAUUGGAGCAUGUCAUGAAAAUGUUUGUAGUUUUUUUUAAUGUAUAUGAUUUGUGGACAAAUUGGAAAAACAAAUGUCGUAGAACAUGUCAUGGAAACUUCUUGUGGUUUAUAUCUAUGUUUUAUAUUAUUAUUCAA